CCGCCCCAACCUCACACAACAACUCUUCCCCGCCGAGAGGAGGCAGCCAGUGCAACUCCAACCACAGGCGACCGACCGCCUCCAGUCCGACGGCAGCCGCCCCGGCCGACAGCUCCAGAAACGACAGCCCGGCGCGUCUAGGCAGCCACCUCCAACCCGAGCCCACGAUCCAGCCUCCCGCUGACCGCGCCGCGCCCACCCUGCUGCAUACUCCGACCCUGGGUCCGCAGUGAUCCGACCAUGUACGCCGAACUGGGUCGCGUCUCUUUCGUCUUCGGGAUCCUGCUCGCCCUCUGCAGCCGGCCCGCCUCGGGCCUGGACUGCAGCGGCCAGUGCCAGUGCGCGGCCCCGGCGCCGCGCUGCCCCGUGGGCGUCAGCCUGGUGCUGGACGGCUGCGGCUGCUGCCGGGUGUGCGCCAAGCAGCUGGGCGAGCUGUGCACCGAGCGCGACCCCUGCGACCCGCACAGAGAUCUCUUCUGCGACUUUGGCUCCCCCGCCAACCGCAAGAUUGGCGUGUGCACGGCCAAAGAUGGUGCCCCCUGCAUCUUCGGAGGGACGGUGUACCGGAGCGGAGAGUCUUUCCAGAGCAGCUGCAAAUACCAGUGCACUUGCCUGGAUGGAGCUGUGGGCUGCGUGCCCCUGUGCAGCAUGGAUGUUCGCCUGCCCAGCCCUGACUGCCCCUUCCCGCGGAGGGUCAAGCUGCCCGGGAAAUGCUGUGAGGAGUGGGUGUGCGAUGAGCCCAAGGACCAAACCAUGGUUGGCCCUGCCCUUGCCGCUUACCGACUGGAAGACACGUUGGGCCCAGACCCAACUAUGAUUCGAGCCAACUGCCUGGUCCAGACCACAGAGUGGAGCGCCUGUUCCAAGACCUGUGGGAUGGGCAUCUCCACCCGGGUUACCAACGACAACGCCUUCUGCAGGCUGGAGAAGCAGAGCCGGCUCUGCAUGGUCAGGCCUUGCGAAGCUGACCUGGAAGAGAACAUUAAGAAGGGAAAAAAGUGCAUCCGUACCCCCAAAAUCUCCAAGCCGGUCAAAUUUGAGCUUUCUGGCUGCACAAGCGUGAAGGCAUACAGGCCUAAGUUCUGCGGAGUAUGCACAGAUGGCCGAUGCUGCACCCCUCACAGAACCACCACCCUUCCCGUGGAGUUCAAGUGUUCUGACGGUGAGGUCAUGAAGAGGAGCAUGAUGUUCAUCAAGACCUGCGCCUGCCAUUACAACUGUCCUGGAGACAAUGACAUCUUUGAGUCACCCUACUACAGGAAGAUGCAUGGAGACAUGCACAAAGCCAGAGACAGUGAGAGACAUUAACUCAUUGGGCUGUAACUUGAACUGACCUACAUCUCAUUUUUCUGUAAACAUGAUUUCAGUAGCACAAGGUAUUUAAAUCAGUUUUUCUAACUGGGGAAAAGAAAAAUUCCCUUCAAAUUCAAAAUAUUGUGCCAUGUGACAUUCAGAUAGUCUAUCAACCCCAGACACUGGUUUGAAGAAAGUAAGACUUGACAGUGGGACUACAUUAGCACAUAGCACCGGAAUGUAUACCAAGGUGUGGCUUUAGGAGCAGUGGAAGGGCUCAGAAUCUUACAGUAGUGUCGUGCCUGCUAUUUGCAGGGUCAUUGAGAGGGGAAACGUUAGCGUGCUCACUGACCCGCCUGUAGCUGACAGCUAGGAUGUGUUCUGCCAUCGUGAGGCCGAGUCGCGUUCUUCUUUAAGUCAGAACAGCAGACUCAGCCCUGACAUUCUGAUUCGAAUGACAAUGUUCAGGAAUCAGAACUCUGUCUAUUAGACUGGACAGCUUGUGGCAAGCUAAUUUGCCUGUAACAAGCCAGAUUUUUUUAUUGGUAUUGUAAAUAUUGUGUGUGUGUGUAUAUAUAUAUAUAUAUUUGUACAGUUAUCUAAGUUAAUUUAAAGUUGUUUGUGCCUUUGUGUUUAUGUUUUAAUGCUUUGAUAUUUCAAAUGUUAGCCUCAAUUCCGAACACCAUAGGUAAGACAUAAAGCUUGUCUGAUCAUUCAAAGCAUGACAUGGAUAUUUAAAUGGACAUUCUGCUCAGUCAGAGUGACAGUCCAUCAAAACAGAUCAUUUUGUUUGAAGGUGAGCCAGCGAUGCCCUUGGAAGUCUGAUUCGUAGGUUGGAAAUGGGAUAACCUCACUUUUGUUGAACAAAUGGCUUUUGUUGAAAUGAGUGGCUCUAUACAGUUGUUUCUGUAUAGAAACAACUGGGAGCAUUUGUUUCUACUUUGACUAUGACUGUUUGGGGACAGUUUAUUUGUUGAGAGUGUGACCAAAAGUUACAUGUUUGCACCUUUCUAGUCGAAAAUAAAGUAUAUAUUUUUUCUAUAAA